CAUCUUGAAUCAAAGAUGAGAAAAUUUUCCUGUAUUCUGUCCAUAAUAUUAUUGUUCAGUCUUUUCUUACUUUAUCUGGCCUGCAUUUUGCAGGUGACAAUAAACUACCUCUUAGGAAAUUUAGGCAAGAAAUAUUCAAACACAGUUGGAGUAGUAGAUCUUGGUGGUGGAUCUGUUCAAAUGGCAUAUGCUAUCUCUGAGACGGAUGCUGCAAAGGCACCAAGGUUAUCUGAUGGAGAGGAUACAUAUGUGAAGGAAAUGUUUUUGAUGGGAACCAAAUAUUACCUCUAUGUUCACAGCUAUUUGCACUAUGGUUUACUAGCAGCUCGAGCAGAAAUGUUGGAUGCUUCAGAGGACUCUACCAAUCCGUGUAUCCUGGCUGGUUAUGAUGGGGUAUAUGAGUAUGGGGGAAAAGACCAUAAAGCAUCGGCUUCUCCAUCUGGUUCAAACAUGGAAGAGUGCAGGAGAUUAGCUCUUAAUGCUCUCAAAGUUAACGAAUCAACUUGUACACACAUGAAAUGUACAUUUGGUGGGAUAUGGAAUGGUGGAGGCGGGGAUGGACAGAAGAACAUGUUUGUUGCAUCAUUUUUCUUUGACAGAGCUGCUCAGGCUGGUUUUGUUGAUUCAACUGUACCAGCUGCCAAAGUUCAACCUUCUGAUUUUGAGAAUGCAGCGAAGCGUGCUUGUGAAACUGAACUAGAGAAUGCUAAAUCCAUAUACUCAAGUGUGGACGAUAAUGAUCUGCCAUACAUAUGCAUGGAUCUUGUCUAUCAGUAUACAUUACUUGUAGAUGGAUUUGGUAAGUCCUUCGCACUUGAGCGAGUUGUCAAAGUCCACUAG